CCUACACCGCUCCUAGAUUUCCGCGGGCCUAUUGCGCAUUAGGAAUUUAAUCGGAUUAUUUCGUUUGGUUUUGCAACGUCGCCAGUGAACGGAAAAGUUUGAGAGUAUAUAUGAACCUGUCGAAACCACCGAUAACUCCCGUUAGCCUCCGACAGGGAACUGUGUAACGUAGUCCUGAACAAUUUGCUACUCGUUUGCAGAGCGCUAAUGCGAAACCCUCUGAUUGUGAAGCAUGUAAUUUGUGACAGUGCUGAGUGUCAUGCCGGUUCUUAAGAGCGUGUGUAUUUUGUUUUUCGGGACUAUAACACAGGCUGCCAUUAUCUCGGCAAACGACACUAGCCAUGGACACGCAAUACAAAUCUACAUCGGCGAGAAAACUUACGGUGGUAACCAAGAGGCCGAACUCAGCUCUCUUCAAACGCGGGAACCAAUCAUACUUUGGCCAUCACCGUAGCCUCCUUGGUAAUGUCGAAUCUGCACAACAUAGAACCGGCUCUGACAGCCAUCCGGGACGUCAUGCGUCUCCUAAACCCCUUGGCCACUGCCAGCACCCGCCUGGAGAACGGUGGUCAGAGACGCUCGGAUGGCACGAUCUUCUGGAAGGGAAGGCUCCUGGAGUUCAACACUGAUGAAGGGGUGCACGUGUUUGUCAUCAGUCCGGAGAAAUCGCUGAUGAUCGUCACGUCGGGCAAGAGAGUCCUCCUGAACGAUUAUCCUGUCUGUCAGAACACGGAUCAGUUGGGCGAGCCGCAAUAUCGGAAAUUGAAACUGCAGGAUAAGAAGGAGGAAACCAAAUUGUAUACGUCUUGGUGGUAUACGAACCUCGUGGUUGGGAACCCGAUGACGGAAGAGGAAGUGACGCAGUUCAUGAAUCUCCAAAAAGAGGUGCAGAUUGAGAGGGAAAAGGCGGUCAAUGAUAUCACUGCCGUGGCUCGAGAAAAGAUCGCCAAGGCUGUUGGACUUGGAUUGAAGUUGGUAGACGUCCCGGCUCAAAUGACGAUGGAAGCGGUGCGAGGUGUGGUGGCGGCCCCUCGGAUGGCGGUCAGCGCGGCCGGCGCGCUGGGCAAGGGCGUGAACCAAGGGUGGAAAAGCGUCGUCACUUUCUCGAGAGACAGCCUCAGCCGCGAAUCCGGUGGGACAGACGGCUUGGCGGGCAUGAUCAACUCCAGACUCUGGGGGCCCAUGCCUGAGGGGCAACAGCCCCCGACGUCGCCUCUUCCUAGGACGGACAGUCAGAACUCGCCGACCGCCGAAGAAGUCAACGCCAUGAUACACAGGUCCAACAGCGGGCGCAUGGAUGGGCUCAACAGAUGGCUUUUCGGAUCCCCGCCGAGAGGAGCUUCGCAGAGAGCCCCCAGCUCCGGGUUCAAGUUAGGCGGCCUUGGCAAGAAGAGUCUCAAAAACCCUUUCUCGCGCAAGGGUUCCAGCUCCGGAUGACGCACUUCGUCUCUUCCAGCGGGCUGACUGUUGAAAUAGAUAGACAAAGCUAUAGACACAGGACACAGGGAGUAAGGAAUGAUCCUUUUGGUUGAAAUGGCCGGUUCUUAUUGACUAAAUGGGUAAAUGAAGGACCAACUAAAAGGUCUCUCGUGGGUUGCCGAUAGUUAGUCUAUUACCUACCUCCUUUGUCCGUUGCAACCACAGGCUUCCACCAAUAGGAUCCCUCCAUAUCCCUUUUGUCCUCUUUGUCUAGAGCUUUGUACAUCAAUUUCAACAAUCAGCCCGCAGGGUACCUAGCAACCUGGAAAACCGGGAAAUGACCGGGAAUUUUAUUUUACAAGCGACUUUUCAAUGUUCGUGUCAGGGAAACAUCAGGGAAAUCGAAAAACACGGAUUUUCUUUUUGUGGAAAAUUGAUGAUGAAUCAAGUUUCAGAAUAAUGGAAUCGUAAUUGAAGUUUCUACCAGAAUUUCCGUUGAUGUCUUUUAAAUUUUAAAAAAGAGGCAAACGUGUUUCGUAUAAGUUUAGGCACUAUAAAUUUUGCUCUAAUUAUUACAUCAUAUCCCUAAAAAAUGAAUAA